GGUUGAUUGAUUGGUUCAGAGCCUGACUUCAGUAAAGGAUAAACUGUUAUGGAUUUGUAAUUAUUGUGCUUGGAAUGGUAUUUUUGUUUACGAACAUUGGUCUCCGAUAUGUGAAAUAUGUUUGAACAACUUGGAAGGUCUUAAACUGCCAAUAUGAGACGGUAUAGAGUCCAAUAUGGAACCUUAAUACCGCAAGGGAAUAAGAGGGGUGUCUGUUCACGUGGCAGGAUGUUCCGGUCUCGGUCCCCGGAGCAGCUGAAGACCAAGAAGACUGGGUCAUGGUAUCCAUGUUCAUCGAAUUCCAAAGGCCUCGCAGCAGGUGAUGUGGAAGUGGAUAACUCUAACACUGUGCUGGAGAAGUUGUCGACACUGUACGCAGAGCACCUCAUGAGCGAUGUGACUCUCGUGGUGUCAGGAGUUGAGUAUCCAGCUCACAGGCUUAUACUGUGUGCAUCCAGUGAAGUUUUCCAGGUGAUGCUGAUGAAACGGGAGUGGAGUGAGUCGCAGGAACGUCGUGUCCGCUUGCAGGAGAGUCCGGCCUGUGCAGCAGUGUUCGCUAGCUUCAUGCGUUACUUCUAUACUGGCCAGAUACGCAUCAACCACAGUGUGGUUAUGCCUAUCCUUGCACUGGCUGACAAGUACAAUGUCAAGGAUCUGGUGGGACUGUGCACCAGUUAUAUGUGCACUCACACAGCACUUGCCGCAACAAACAAUCAUCUUGUCUCUUGGCUGCAGUAUGCCCUGAAUGUGGGUCACUAUCGAGUUGCACAGAUUUGUCAGAAUUUUGUAAAGUGGAACAUCGAACUUGUUGCUCGGUACUCUGACUUCGGCUCUUUUGAACCAGAAAUCCUACAGCUUCUGCUGCAACAGAAUGACAUAGUAGCGCAUGAUGAAAUGGCAGUAUACAACUGUGUCGUUCGCUGGCUGGAUCUACAGGAGCAACGCCUUGCCGGCGAAGAGUCAAAGGAUGCGCAUAUGGAGCAGCUGGUGGUGGCCUUGAUGUCACAUGUGCGCUUUCCUAUGAUGUCGCCUCGACAGUUGGCAGAGCUCCUGCUGUCCCCCCUUACCAAGAAGCACAAGGAGUUCUUCAUGGAGAGGAUGGCAAUUGGAAUGGCUUUCCAUUCAGGCCAGCAAGACAGAGUGCACGAAGUUCUGAAGAUGGAGGACGGCCGCAUGCUUUUCACUCCUCGGUUGUACACUGCUGACACGUGGAGUACCCCGCUCUGUGUGGACAACUUCCACGCCUUGCCUCCAUACCACGCGCGCACGCUGGUCUUCUCGUCGCGAGCAUCGACUGCGGAGCAUGCCGGUUCGCGUACGUCGGAGUGGGUAGUGGAUCUGUACCCGAAGGGAGUCUGGUUCAAGAAAUGUUACCUAAUCGUCUGGCAAGGCACUGUGGAAGUACCUGAGCGGGUGCUGAGGACAAUUCGUGUGUCGGUGACAUGCCGUGACACAUGUCCGACACGCGUUUUGGUUGGCGUGCUUGUGCGGGGCCAACAGGACGGGAUUGAACACGUGACAUCCGUCUCACAGCGUUACCACCGCUUCUUGGAUGAAGAGCGCGUCCUCAAUUUCGACAACCUGUUGCCUUUUGACUCUCUCAACCCUGGUGCGGCAGCUCAUGUUGGUACUCCUUGUCCAGUAACUAAGGUGACAUCUACCAGCUCGGCUCCAACCGCGGCUUCUGCCAGUGCAGCUGCUAAUGCAGCUUCUACCAGCUCGGGUUCAAAUGCGGCCUCUACCAGCUCUGCCGCAAAUGCUUCUUCUUCCAGGUCGGCCGCAAAUGCUUCUUCUAGCAGGUCGGCCACAAAUGCUGGUUCUAGCAGGUCGGCCCCAAAUGCUUCUUCCAGCAGGUCAACGGCAAAUGCAUCUUCUAGCAGGUCGGGCGCAAAUUCAGCUCCUACCGGUUCAGCCGCAAGUGCGGCUUCCACCAGUGGGGCUAAAAGAGUGCCUUCUGCCCAUGGAGUUACAUACUUUUACCCCUGCAACCAGCGUAUGGCCACAUCACCGUACUUGAUCGGCCCAGAUCGCGACAAUUUCAAGGUGCACAUAAGUAUUGCUCCUCUGUCAGAUGUCAGUUGUCUUACUCCUCCACCCUUCCCAGGAGGCCGUGGAUUUGCUUCAUGGGCUUCUGACUCCUAGCCCGACCCGAUACUCUACUGGAUAAGGUCACCGUGGUGGUGCACCUUGGACCAUGUGUUGGACUGUAACAGGUUAAACUGAGGGGUCUCAUUAUUUCUUAUAAAAAA